CCCCUGCAACAGCCCCAAAUACCACGAAGCCCUAAGCAAACAAACAGGUACAGGAUACAUCAUUCAAGGCAUUCUGAAGUAAAGGGAAAAAAGUAAAGAGAAAAAGUAAAGAGAAAAAGUAAAGAGAAAAAGUAAAGAGAAAAAGUAGAGAAAAAAGUAAAGAGAAAAAAGGUAAAGAGAAAAAAACUUCUGCAAACAUUUCCCUCCACAGUACUCGGGUGCCCGUAGAUGUGCCGAAAGUCCUAGGUAAUGUCAUACUCACACAAAUACUACAUACGCUAAGGUGAUAAGCUGCCAAGCAACCCCUAAAAUCCUCUAACCUUCUCCCAUUGCCCUAGCCCUGUCGCUCAGAACCUUUAAAAGACCAACACACAGCGCCAUCGAUACAAAUACCAUCCAAGUGCUUCCGAUUCCUGCUGUACUAACCACUGACCACCGAAAAACAAUAGCUGACAAUCCCGCUCACCUACUCAAUAUCUCCGCUACCCCAUCUGUCUCCCAAACACCCGUGCCAAACAUACCGCUCAGUAUGGAUCGUUACCUGAAUGAAGGGCUAGAAGGGGUGGAACGCCAGCACUUUCGCGAUACCCGCUCCUUCAAUCGAGCGAUUCAGGCGCAGGCAGAUGAAUUACGCUCGGGUAACUUUAGUGCUGGGCAGUAUGCUGUGUUUUCCCCAGUUACGGAAGCCCAGCUUGCGAGGCUCAAGUCCAACCGCGACGACAGCCACAAAUCACUCCGCUUCCUCUACCUGAACGAUGCAGAGACCUUGAUUGUUAAAAUCAUGCCUGGCCCAACCCACGAAACAGCAACCCGCGAGCUUGCACUCAUCGUUCGACUGAAGAUUGGGGCAAUGGGGCUGCUCCGGACUGUUCGCGAUAUGGGAGGUACAACCUACCCAGGAGCAGCAUCUCAAAAAGAUGCGGAUUCAGCAAUUAGACCUACCGCCUUUCGUCCUCUCGAAACAGACUGGCCAACCGUGGUCUUUGAAUGCGGGGUUUCGGAGUCGCUUCAACGUUUGAGAACUGAUUCAAACUGGUGGCUAGCAAACUCCGCCCAUGAUGUCAAGAUCGUCCUUCUCAUCUCGGUCAACAAACCCCAGCGGACAAUACAUCUAGAGCAGUGGGAAGACCUCACCGUACCGAAUCCCCAUAUUACACGAAACAACUUUAAUCCCCUCCAGAUCAGGCCGACCAAAGUCAAUGAAAUCAACAUCGACGGAGGUACUAUCACUGGAACUCCUUUGAGGCUCCCUUUCGCCAAAAUCUUUCUUCGUCCAGCAGGUCCAGGCGAGGGAGACAUUGUCUUAAGUGCACAAGAUCUCCUGGAUUAUUCUGACGAUGUCUGGAGUGGUGUGCCAUAGGCAGUAAGUUAUCCCCCGGUAACAAUGGCUUAAGAUUGAACUCAAGGAUAAUUUGUUCGGCAGCUAAAGGCACAGAGGGAGGAGGAUACAUCACUCCUAGAUGGCAUUGAGAUGGAUGGGAAGCAGUGGAUACGGGAGGACGACAUAAUGGCGGGGUGGAAUAGUGGCACUAAGGGGCUUCCGAUGGCUGAUGCUUGCUUUUUUUGAUUGCUAUGUUUUUUGACUACAGAAGUUUUGCGAUUUGUGCCUGAUCGUUUCUCGUCCUGGGCACCGGAAGUCUCUCCUUUUCGCCGGUAUCAAUAUUUCGUAUUCUGCUUUUUUUCUAACAAUUUCUAUCUAUCCUUUUUUCUUCUCCGGUCACCGUAUGCUCUUAUAUACACUGACAACAAUAAAAAAUUCCUUCCAGUCUCCGAGCAUAAUCCAGGUGAUCCCGCUUUUACCCCUCUUCUUGACAUUUCCUUGGACUUCUCCCAACUUCUCUUUACCCCGCUCCUGUCAACCAAUCCUAUGCCCUCCUAGCCCCACAUGCUAUAGGUUUCCUUGUCUUCCACCCGUGCUUCC